GUGAGAAAUGUGUUUUGUAUGAAGGCAAAGGAAGGCAGAAAAAAAUCAGUACGUGCCUUGGUGGCUGUUGGAAAUGGUAAAGGGGCUGCAGGUUUUGCAACGGGGAAGGCAGGAGACAGGAUGAAUGCUUUAAGGAAGGCAAAGAAUAAAGCAAUAAGCUCCUUACAGUUUGUAGAGCUGUAUCAGAACCACACAAUUUACCACGACAUUUCAGUGAAAUUUAAAAGGACAAAUAUCCGCAUGAAGAAGCAAAACAAAGGGUAUGGUCUCCGCUGUCACCGAGCCAUUAUCACCAUCUGCAGGCUGAUUGGCAUCAAGGACAUGUAUGCCAAGGUCACAGGAUCCAAAAACUUGAUUAACAUCACCAGAGCUCUCUUUAAAGGCUUGGCCCUACAGGAGACUCACCAGCAGCUGGCAAACCAGAAGAGCCUGUACGUGGUGGAAUUCCGGGAGGAGCGGGGYCCCCUGCCCAUCGUGGUGGCCCUGCCCGAGGGGGCUGUCCGAGAGGAUCCCGAGCCCGAGGAAGAKGUUCCAGACACAAAGCUGGAGUGGAGGGAGGUGAAAGAAGCCCAGGGAAUGGUGAGAUCUCCCUGGGCACAUGUCAGACGGGCWGCGACCUGAAAGCUCCUGUCCCUCUGUGUCCACAGCUCAGAGGUGCAGCUGGGAAAGCCCAGCUCGGACAGAGUGUCUGGGCUUGAUUUCAACGAGGGCAGCAGGAGCUCUCUGAUGCCACCCAUGUCACUGCUGCCACCCAGGAGCACUGUGAGCUUUCUCACAAUCGCUCUGAUCGCUGUCUGAGUGGGAAUGUUCAGAUGGAAGCAGUGAACGUGUCUCUGGCUUCACGCACACAUUUACUCCAUCCCAGAAGAUGGGUUUCAAUCAACAGCUCCCGUGGUUCCUUCACAAGCUCUUGGGAAACUGUUGAAAAUGCAGGAUUGUGAAGGAAAUAAAGAAAGAAUCAUCAGAGUGAGUUCAGUUUGGGUUU